AUGAUUGGAGAAGGAAAUACUUACGGAAACCAGGGAGGAGGAAAUGCUGGGUAUCAAAGAGCCUCCUCUUUUGGUGGAGGAUCGCAUCAAUCAAGGGGAAGAACAUAUAACACAGGGGCAUUCUCUGGCGAUGGAUAUGGUCAAUCUGGCUCAGGAUCCCGAUCUAGCUCAGGAUUUCAAUCUGCUCAGCAUAGCCAAAGUUGGAAUGGAGGAUUAGGUUCUGUAAAAGUAUCAGUAUUCGAUGAAGGAAUUCUUGUCGAAAACUCUCAACAUUAUUCUGAAUUUGUUAAAAAUUUAAACAUCAAUGGUGGGGUAGGGAAUGCAAUAAUUAAUGGAAAUAACAUUAAAUUUACUGAAUAUUGGUCGAAGAUUGAUAUAUUCAUUAAUGGAGACAUUGUAAAUUAUAACGAGAGGGUGACAACUGUAGACGGAGUUAGAAUUGAGAAAAAUGGAGAAAAAAUAAAAAUUACAGGACGUAACAUUACAGCAAAUACUAAUGUGAAGGGAUUUAAAAUGAUGAAAGGAAAGGCUUUUGAAUUUCGUGCUCAUGGAGGGGUCGGAAAUAUUACUACGUCUAGAGAUAAAUAUGUAUUUAAUCAAGUAAAGCCACAAGGACCAGCAGGAGAUGCUCUUUCAAUAAAUGGUGGUAUCACAACUCUCGAGGUAAUCAAAAGGCUAUUUUUGCUUUCAAAUUGUUCCAUUCUAAAUAACUAA